GAGUAUCAGUUAAAGUAACGCUACAACGACGGACAAGGGAGCUUCUGUACCUCUCAUGCAUCUGGUGAAACAUUUGAUUCAAAACACGAGCUGUCAAACACAAAUGCACAUAAAUGCAAUAAUCCACGGCGACACAAGCAAAACCGACGACCCUAAGGGACAGGACACCGUAAGCCCAAGCUGUGAUCUUCUGACGCGUUUCCAAAGGUUACUAUUCUGCGAGGCGAUGUGGUGUCGCGGCGGGCGCGGCACGCGCGCCGGCGUGCGCGCGCUGCUCGCGCACUACGCGCAGCUGCUCGCCGACCACGUGCACUCCACGCUCGGCGCCUUCUGCCGCGCGCUGCACCGGGCGGACGACGCGCAGCUCGUGACGCUCUGUGAUCUUAUAGCUACGGAUAUUGUUGGUCGUGUAAUAAGCGAGCUGAGCGCGUGGGUGUGCGCGUGCUCGGCGCGGUCCCCGAACGCGCUGGCGGAGUGCACGACCGCGCUGGUGCGCGUGGCGCGCGCCUGCGACGAGGCGGCGCGCGCGCUGCCUUCCGCCGCCCGGCUCGACGCGGACAUGCUGGGCUGGCCUGGACUCGUCUCCAAACGGAACCAACUGAACAACACUGUCAUACGCAAAUGCGAUCUUCAAAAUCAUACAAAAGAAGGCGGUUCCUGGAUUAUAAUAGCUGGUUACGUUUUUGACGUCGAACAUUUCGAGUGUGACGACGCGACAACCACGGAGCUGGUGCGCAAAAUGCGAGGCUGUGACGCGACGGUCGCUCUGAGCGUGGCGCCGCACGCCGCGUACAUGUCGCGGCUCACCGAGAAGUGCGUCGGGAUGUACGCCGAUCAGAUAUAUAGCCACAAGUGUAAAGAGAGUAUAUCUAGUCUACGUGCGUACCACAUAUUGUCAUCAAGCGCGUUCCAAUUGGCGUUAGGGUUGUCGCAAUGUGGCACCCGACUUGCGCGCUCACUCCUGUGCAACAAGCGGAGAAAGACGCCGCGCCCUACGCAGCUGCUGUGUUCUUACGAGGGGGAUUACAGGUAUUGUAUAGAGACACAAUUAACGAACCCAUUCGAGGAGGAGAAGGCCGAGGCUCGCAGCGGGUCCUCGACAGGCGGUAACAGUCCUGCGAGCGAGGCUCCGCUGCAGCCGUCGCGUGCAACCCGCGCCCCUCGCGCGCCGCCCCGACACGCCACCGCGCAUGCGCGUGCCGAUGCGCUGCUGCACGCGCUCGCAGAGCCCAAGUUGCACGAUCCCCUAGCGUUGCAUUUGUGGUGGGCAUGCGAGCGACGUGAGGGAUGCGCCCCUCACUUUCCACCGGAGCAUCCUCUAGAAGAACUGAGAAGGGCGUUACUAGCAGCUCUAUUGUAUCACGCGGGGUUGAAGGAACACGCCCUAGCCACCGCCACUGCUGGCAAUUUCGAAACGACCAAAGACUUACGCAACAGGCAAAACAGUCUCAGCAAAAGCAUGCUCAAAGCGACAGGAAGCCUUCUGCAGGGUGAUGCGCUUCUUAUCAAGUCAUCCAUCGCCAAUACAUCCAGCAAGACACCGGAAGACAUCACGCCCAGUAUUGUGAUCGAACCAUCUAGAGGACAGAUAGAUGGCUCCGGCGACCCCAGAGAGCUGCAGAUUAAACUGAAACUGAAAACCAAAGAUAAACCGUUAGACAAAGACUUAAAAAACGCUUCGAAUUAUGACGACAUGCGGAACGAAGGGCGCGCAGAGAGAGUUAUGGAAAGGGAUGAUAUAGACAAGGAGAAUGACGAUAAAACUCCUACGAACGAGAUAUCGAUUAGCUCGAUAAACGAUAUGACUGACAACUCGAUAUUGAAAGAAUCGAUGGAGUGA